AUGCCGGAUGAUAGGGUGGUCUCUUGCGAUAGGACUGGCGAGAUUCUCCGGAUCCCUUUCAACGUGCCCAUCACCUUUGGCCUGCCCGUCCUGCUCUACGCGUUCGCAUCCGCUUGCAACGACGUGGCGGGCUGCCCUGUGCCAACUCUUCUGCAGCCUCGCGACUUUACCUGGGAGAAGCUGAAAGCAGACAACAAUCUACAGAAUACCAGUCUGUCCAAUUUCCUCUCCUGGAAAGUGACGCUUGUCACUGUUGCCUACUAUGUCUUCGGUCUGUUCCUUUGGAAGAUUCUUCCCGCCAAAGAAGUUCAUGGAACCAAAUUGGUGCAUCAUGAUCGCCCCCUUCAGUAUCGAUUCAAUGCGUUCUCGGCGAGUGUGGUUACUCUCUCCAUCUGCGCCGCAGGCACGUUCCUCCAGGGGGCUGAGUUCCCCGUCUGGACUUUUAUCACCGACAACUACGUGCAACUUCUGACGGCCAACAUCCUCCUUUCAUACGCCCUAUCGACUUUUCUCUAUCUCAACAGUUUCACCGUCGACACCGAAUAUCCCAACCGCGACCUUCGGGAGCUAGCUGCCGGUGGCAUGACAGGCAAUCUCAUCUAUGAUUUCUACAUCGGCCGGGAGCUCAAUCCCCGCGCUACCCUGCCUCUAUUUGGAGAGAUCGACAUCAAGACCUGGUGUGAAGUUUGGCCCGGUCUGACUGGGUGGAUCCUGCUUGACCUGGCAUUCAUCGCCCAGCAGUACCGCAACUAUGGAUACAUCUCCGACAGCAUUGUCUUCACGACCGCCGUGCAGGCAUACUACGUCCUCAGCAGUCAGUUUAACGAGUCAUCCAUCCUGACAAUGAUGGACAUCACGACCGACGGGAUGGGCUUCAUGCUUACCUUCGGCGACCUAGUCUGGGUCCCCUUUCUCUACUCGACGCAAGCUCGCUAUCUCGCGGCCUUUCCCGUGCACCUCGGCGCGCCUCGCAUCCUCGCGAUUGCCGCGGUCUUCGUAUGCGGGAUCUACAUCUUCAAAGCGGCGAACAACCAGAAACACCUGUUCCGCACCCAGCCCUCACAUCCCGCCGUGCGCGAUCUCUCUUCCAUCACCACCCAGCGCGGCACCCGCCUCCUCACCGCCGGGUGGUGGGGUCUCUCCCGGCAUAUCAACUACUUCGGCGACUGGUUGCAGGCGUGGCCCUUUAGUCUGCCCACCGGGGUGGCAGGGUAUACGAUGCUCCCGGCGGGGGCUGCGUUGGCCUCCGCGGGCGAUCUCGCCGGAUCGCCGUCGCGCACGAUGCUGGACGGGCGCGUCGCAAUCCAAGGCCCGGCCGCCGGGUGGGGGAUGAUCUUCACCUACUUCUAUGUGCUGUACUUUGGCGUCUUGCUCGUCCAUCGCGAACGCCGAGAUGAUGCCAUGUGCGCGAAGAAGUAUGGCGAGGAUUGGCAGACGUACAAGCGGACGGUGCGAUGGAGGAUCUUGCCCGGGAUUUAUUAA